AUGGCGAGUAUCGGCAUCCUGUGUGACGUGAUAGUCUUCCUGCUCCCGAUUCCGCUCUUUACUCGGCUGUCGUUCAGUCGCGGGACGAUAAUUGGCCUUUGCAUUUUGUUUGCAUGCGGGCUGAUAACGACGAUAUGCUCGAUCGUCCGCGCCACCUAUCUCAGUCAAGUCGGACCACGUGGCAGUGGUGAUAAUACGAACGUCGUCCUUUGGGGCACCAUUGAGAUCAACGUUGGUAUCAUUAUGAGCUGUCUACCGUUCUUACACGCGCUGCUGGCAGGCGUGUUCCGAAAAAGCGGCCAGACAAUCCGGGAGCUACGACAUAAGAAGAUCGCCUGCCGUGUAGAUGACAGCACCAUCAGCGACCCGGCUAGCGUGAUGGCUGAGAGUGAGAAUGGCGAUCUUGAAAAGGACGACGCCUUGCAUCAUGGAGACAUGCAACGCACGAGAAGCCACAGCAGUGAUGAGCCGAUCAUGGCAGAAGCGGCUCAGGAGGCUCCAGCACCGGAGGGAAUUAUCAAGACUACGCAGGUCGAGGUCUUUGAGGAGCGAAUACGAUAA